AUGAUUGAAUUGUCGACAAACAAGAAUUUCAAUUACGAAAGAAUGGACGACUCGGAUGACGACGAGAUCUAUCGAGCGACCAGUCGUCGCAAUAUAAAGCCCAACAAAACAAUCUUCAAAAAAUUGCAACCUUUUCUAAUUGUGUUGUUUUUGUUGACAAUUCUUGUAAUCAUAGUAUUUAUCACAAUCGGUGUUGUGAUGGCAUACGAGAGACCCGCUAACUAUACGGGACAUAAAGUAUACAAAUUAUUACCGCUUUCUAUUAGAGACUUGAAUGCAAUCAUUGGCAUCGAGAAGAAAUACCAGGAUCCUUUAGAACCGGUAUUAAUACAAAUCAGUUCACCAGAAGAGGAAACUCUAAUAAAGGAAGAGUUAACUCAACUAAAUAUUAAUUUCACGGUUUCUAUAGAAGACCUGCAAAAAGCUAUUGAAGAGGAAAGGGUUGAACACCAAAAACAUAGCAAUGAAACUGAGUUUAAUUUCAGUCGAUAUCAUACUUAUUAUGAGAUAAUGGAGUUCUUGGAGAAUAAUGUGAUUAAAAGUGAUUUCGUUAAUAUCGACUCAAUUGGCAAAUCUUUUGAGGGCAGAAAAAUACCAAUUAUUCGGAUCAGUAGUGAUCUGAAGAAUAAUACGAAACCAGUUAUACUUAUCGAUAGUUUGAUUCACUCGAAAGAAUGGGUGACCGGAUCCACAACUCUUCACAUUAUGAACCAACUUAUCGCUAAUCAAUCGCUGAGAUAUUUAAUUGAAAAUUUUGAAUUCAAUUUAAUACCAAUUUUCAAUCCCGACGGAUAUGCUUAUAGUUGGAGAUCCGAUAGGCUGUGGCGUAAGAGUCGUUCAUUUUCGAUCACAUCCUUCUUGUGUCGCGGCGUUGAUCUGAACCGCAAUUUUGAGACUAAUUUUGGCACAGAAUCUGAUGAAGAGCUCAAUUCUUGUAGCGAUUAUUAUUCCGGUGAUUAUCCGUAUUCAGAGCCGGAAGUGAUUGCGUUCAGAGAAUUUACAUUCAAAUUAAGUCUAACUAAUCGCUUGAAGGCAUACUUUUCGUUGCAUUCAUUUAAGCAACAAAUCCUCUAUCCGUCCGAUGAAUACAAUCAAGAAUUUGCCGAAAAUAGCACUGAAUUACAGAAUUUGGCGCAAUUGGCCGCUAAUGCCAUUCACUCUCAUUCAGAAUCCGCUUAUGGAUCGAGUAUUGAUUGGAUUCACAAUCAUUUGAAAGUAAAGACAAGUUUUGAAUUUAAAUUAAGAGAUUUGGGAGAAUUCGGGUAUUUAUUGCCCAAAGAGAUGAUUGUGCCGACGGCUCAGGAGGUCUUAGAGGCCAUCAAAGCUAUUCUUAAUUCAUCACAAUUUGUUCAAACAUUAAAUUAAUAAAUAAAAUCAU